CAUAGCAACCUCUAAAGCUCGAAGAAAUCCCAGUAUGCAAAUGAAUACAGGAUCCCGAGCAAGGAAAGAGCAGGAUAUCUCCGGCUACUCAGAGGACGUGGAACACCACAAACAGGAACUUUAAAGGGAUUGAAAUCUGUUGCCUGUUCCACUAGGAAUAUUGUUUGCAAGGCACAAGGUGUCUUUUGGUAGUGAGCACCCUCUGCGCAUGCGCAGGUCCUUUCGGGAAUUACUGCCCUGCCGCCGACUAAGUUGCAUUCCUUGAAUCUUCGCAGGAAAGACAAUUCUUUAAUCAGAGUUAGUAAUGUGGACAGUACAAAAUCGAGAGAGUUUGGGGCUUCUCUCUUUCCCUGUGAUGAUUGCCAUGGUCUGUUGUGCACACAGCGCCAAUGAGCCCAGCAACAUGUCAUACGUGAAAGAGACAGUGGACAGAUUGCUCAAAGGAUAUGACAUUCGCUUGCGGCCGGACUUUGGAGGGCCCCCUGUGGACGUAGGGAUGCGGAUCGAUGUCGCCAGCAUAGACAUGGUCUCCGAAGUGAACAUGGAUUAUACACUCACCAUGUAUUUCCAGCAGUCUUGGAAAGACAAAAGACUUUCUUAUUCUGGAAUCCCGCUAAACCUCACGUUAGACAACAGGGUAGCUGAUCAACUCUGGGUGCCAGACACCUAUUUUCUGAAUGACAAGAAAUCAUUUGUGCAUGGGGUUACCGUGAAAAAUCGAAUGAUCCGACUGCAUCCUGAUGGAACAGUUCUCUACGGACUCCGGAUCACAACCACAGCUGCAUGUAUGAUGGACCUACGAAGAUAUCCUCUGGAUGAACAGAACUGCACUCUGGAGAUUGAAAGUUAUGGCUAUACCACUGAUGACAUUGAGUUUUACUGGAAUGGAGGAGAGGGAGCAGUAACAGGAGUUAAUAAAAUUGAGCUUCCUCAGUUUUCAAUUGUCGACUACAAGAUGGUAUCCAAGAAAGUGGAGUUCACAACUGGGGCAUAUCCACGACUGUCACUAAGUUUUCGUCUCAAGAGAAACAUUGGUUACUUCAUUUUGCAAACCUACAUGCCUUCCACAUUGAUUACAAUUCUGUCCUGGGUGUCUUUUUGGAUCAACUACGAUGCAUCUGCAGCCAGAGUUGCACUAGGAAUCACCACUGUGCUGACAAUGACAACCAUCAGCACCCACCUCAGGGAGACCUUGCCAAAGAUCCCUUAUGUCAAAGCGAUUGAUAUUUACCUGAUGGGUUGCUUUGUGUUUGUGUUCCUGGCUCUGCUGGAAUAUGCCUUUGUAAAUUACAUCUUCUUUGGAAAAGGCCCUCAGAAGAAGGGAGCCAGCAAACAAGACCAGAGCGCCAAUGAGAAGAACAAACUGGAGAUGAAUAAAGUUCAGGUCGACGCGCACGGCAACAUUCUGCUCAGCACCCUGGAGAUCCGGAACGAGACGAGCGGCUCGGAGGUGCUGACGGGCGUGAGCGAGCCCAAGGCCACCAGCAUGUACUCGUACGACAGCGCCAGCAUCCAGUACCGCAAGCCGCUGAGCAGCCGCGAGGGCUACGGGCGCGCGCUGGACCGGCACGGGGCGCACAGCAAGGGGCGCAUCCGCCGGCGCGCCUCGCAGCUCAAAGUCAAAAUCCCCGACUUGACUGAUGUGAAUUCCAUAGACAAGUGGUCCCGAAUGUUCUUCCCCAUCACCUUUUCUCUUUUUAACGUCGUUUAUUGGCUUUACUACGUACACUAAGGUCUGUCCUCAUGGUUCGUAAACGACUACUCUCCUCUUGAUUCUUAACCCCACAGGCGCCCCCACCUCCGUUCCCCCCA